AUGCCCGGUUUGGGCAUUUGCCAACAACUUGGGGGACUGAGUCUUGAGAUAAUUCGGUCUUGCAAGACGCUACCCCAAGCGAAACGCAUCCAUGCCCAAGUAAGCUUCAGCAAAGACCUUGUGAUGGGCAAUGGUACCCACGUCCAUAACAUGAUCAUACAAAUGUAUGAUCGAUGUGGGAGCUUUGAUCUUGCUCAUUCGGUCUUUCUGGCCAUUAGCAACAAAGAUAUUUUUUCCUAUGCACAUAUGAUCAAUGCGUUUGUUCGGUCUGGGAACUUGAAUUACGCUAGACAGCUCUUUGAUCAAAUGCCGCUUUGGAAUCUUAUAGUUUUGAAUGCAAUGCUUGCUGCAUAUUCCUUGAAAGGGUAUCUUGUCGAAGCUGUGACUCUCUUUGAUAAGUUCCCAGAGAGAGAUAUUUUUACAUUCACAACUAUGAUCACGAUCUAUGCAAAAAACGGGAAAGUUGAAGAAGCUAGAAACAUUUUUGAUGAGCAUAGUAUGGUUUCAAGCACAACCAUGUUGGUGGCAUAUUCCCAAGCCGAGCUUCUUCCUGAAGCUCAAGCCUUGUUUGAUUCCAUGCCACUGAGGAAUCUAGUUGCAUGGAACGCAAUGCUGUCAGGAUAUUCUCAGAGAGGGCAUCUUCGGGAGUCUAUAAGAUUGUUCCACAAGCAGCCAGUCCAUGACAUUGUCACAUUAAACUCAAUGCUCUUUCUUUAUGCCCACAAAGGCCUUUUGACAGAAGCCCAAAAUCUUUUCUAUGAUAUGCCUGAGAGGAAUAUAGUGACGUGGAAUGCCAUGCUAGUGGCAUAUACUUAUAAUGGGCAUCUUUCAUCAGCAGAAGAAAUGUUUUCCAGGAUGCCACGCCAUGAUUCUGUAUCUUGUAAUAUUCUCCUCUCGGCUUAUGCUCAAAAAGGUGAUUUGGAAAAAUCUAAGAGUAUUUUUUAUAGCAUGGAAGAAAAGAAUGUCAUAUCUUGGAAUGCAAUGCUUACAGCAUAUGCCCAAAAUGGGCAUGUUGAAGAUGCUAAGAAAUUAUUUGAGGGGAUGGAAGAUAGGAACACUAUAAGCUGGAAUGGAAUGAUGGCUGCUUAUGUCAAACAGGAUAAAAUUGAGAAUGCAAAGAUCUUGUUUGAGAUGAUGCCAGUGCAUGAUGUAGUGUCAUGGACAGCUCUGAUCACAGCUUAUGCUCAAAGAGGGCAUAUGGAUGAAGCAAAGUGUUUAUUUGAGAACAUGCCUGAGAAAAACUUGAUCACUUGGAAUUCAAUUCUAGCUGCCUAUUCCCAACAUGGAUUCCUUGAAGAAGCAAAACUUGUGUUUGACUCAAUGGAGGAGCAUGAUAUGCUUUCAUGGACAAGCAUGCUCACAGCAUAUGGCCAAAGAGGACUACUCAAAAAAGCCAGGAAGACCUUAGAUACAAUGCCAGAACAAGAUGGUAUUUCUUGGAAUGCCAUGCUUGCUAUAUAUGCUCAAGCUGGGUAUUUGCAAAAAAGCUUGACUUUGGCUAAGUCUAUGGAUUUGGAAGGCACUAGAUUAACUGAGAGCUCUUUUAUUUCAAUUCUCAUUGCUUGUAGCCACUCCGGAAGUGUCUUAGUUGGUGUAAAAUGCUUUGUAUACAUGAUUAAUGAUCAGGAUGUAAAACCAAAUAGACAGAUUUACUCGUGCAUGACAGAUUUGCUUGGUAGGGCUGGGCAUUUAGUAGAAGCAGAGGAGCUUGUGAAGAAUAUGCCCUACACUCCAGAUAUUACAGAUUGGAGGUGUUUGCUAGGAUCUUCUAGAUAUCAAAACAAUGUUAAUGUUGUAGAAGAAGCAAAGUAA